GCUCCGCCACAGCCUGCAGCUGCAUCCACGGUAAACAGAGCAAGGUAGCGCAUGGGCAGCCAGCAGGGAAUUAUUCCACAUCGCAUCACAUCCCUGAGCAUACAUGGCGCCCUCGCACACCGAGAUAUGAAUUUAGUGUGCAAGCGAACGAGGUAGUCGCGAUUUCCCCCUCUUUCUUUCUUUCUUCCCCCCUUUUUUUCACUUGCAGCCAUCAUUCUCUGCGUCGGUGUGCAGUAGCGGAGAAGAUUCAGCGCACAUUACUACAGUAGGUAUCAUCAUUUUUUCGGGAUCAAGACGAUGGAUGCGGGCUCUAUUGCUGCAAACACGGCGUGCGGGCUCGAUUUUUUAUUCCAAACGCAUCCACAUCUUCCGUAUGUUCCUAUGUGUCUUUGAAAGUGAGGAGGAGGAAAUGAGAAGAAAGCUUUAUUUUGACUCACGCCUGUCGCGAUGGAGGCAUCAUUAAGAAGACCAGUAAAUUCAAGAUCAAACACACUUCAUUCAGUCAUUAAGGAUCGUUAUUAUUCAGCCUAAGAGCAAAGAAGCAUCUUCUAGCUCCAUCCUGCAAUUUGUUUUCCUAUGAGCACCGAAUCACAGAGGAGGUUAACCCAAGCUUCGAUCCGAUGUAGGAGCUGUUCCCUCAAAUUCCCACAACCUCUACUCUUGCUUGGAUUUCAGCAUUCAGUAAAAUCCGCCAGGACAGAGUAUGCCAUCUGCACCUUUUCACAGAAUUCUGCGACCCCUUCUGCUUGGUACUUUUAUACUGGGAUGCUUUGUGACUCUGUUUUUGAUGUAUUUUAAACCAUCUACAAGCUGGUUAUCAGGUCCUGUAGAGUCAACAGUAUCCACAGACCGGGUCAAGAACCUCUUCUCCACCAAGAGCGAUAAAAACGUGACCACUCUGCUGAUCUGGCUCUGGCCCUUCGGACAAACGUACGACCUGAGCGUCUGCAGCUCUCUCUUUAACAUUGAUGGCUGCUUCAUCACAGCAGACAGGAACUUCUACAAUAAGUCUGAUGGAGUCGUCAUCCAUCACCGGGACAUCAGCACUGACCUGUCCAAUCUGCCGCCGCUGCAGCGACCGUCGUUCCAGAAGUGGAUAUGGAUGAACUUUGAGUCGCCAUCCCAUUCGUCCCAGCUGCCUGGGAUAGAGAACCUGUUUAAUCUGACUCUCAAUUACCGUCAGGAUGCUGACAUUGAAGUGCCUUAUGGGUCCAUCGUAGCAGCAGAAGGAGAAGAGGAUUUUGUACCACCCAGCAAAAACAAGCUGAUUUGCUGGAUUGUAAGCAACUGGAACCAGGAUCACGUGCGGGUGAAAUAUUAUAAUGAACUCUACAAACACAUUGAGGUUCAUGCAUAUGGACAGGCCUUUGGGGAGUACAUCUCUGACCAAGACUACUUUCCCACCAUCGCCAGCUGCAAGUUCUAUCUGGCGUUUGAGAACUCCAUCCACAAAGAUUAUAUUACUGAGAAACUGUACAACCCACUCUCAGUGGGGACAGUGCCAGUGGUUCUCGGCCCACCCAGGCAGAAUUACGAGAACUUUAUCCAGGGAGACUCCUUCAUUCAUGUUGACGACUUCAGCUCGCCCAAGGAAUUGGCUGAUUACCUGCUGCUCCUGGACAAAAAUGAGGAAAUGUACCUCAGGUACUUUGAGUGGCGGCGACACUUUAAAGUAAAGAAGGCCUAUUUUUGGGCAGAGCACACAUGCCUGGCUUGUGAUUACUUGCGAAGGCACAAGGAAUACAAGGCAUUCAAUAGCCUUGAUAAGUGGUACUGGGGCGGUUAGAGAUUUGAAGGGCUGUGUGUGAGGGGCUAAGCAGCCAAGAACACAGGUAAAAAAAUUUCUUCAAAAAGGGUUUUCUUUAUUUUAACCCUCAAAAAGUUCAAAAAAGACUAAAUUCAAAAACAUAAGUAGCAAGCCCAUAAAAGAGGUCAACUAAAUGUAACUCUACAAAAAGUAAUUUUCAGAAGCUUAAACAAACAAAGUGGACAUAACUUAACUCACAAACCACCCUAAUUACAAAGACACAAGAGAGUAGCUUUUAUAGUGGUUUGGCCGUUUACACACAAUAGGGGGAAAACAAAAACACACUCUAAUAUUAACUAAGCACAGAAUAACCUAAGUAAACCUAAAACAUCCCUGUUCCUGAUGAGCACAUGGUUGGUCCUUCUGAGCAGGCCUAUUGUUCUCAGAGUCCUCAGCCAUGCCUUUUGCCCCCACAACCAACAAUAAAAAUUUAGAAGAAGAAGGUCCCUUUUUCCCAGACAGGAAACAGCCACCGCCCAAACCCAGGUAACUCAAAAAAAAACAAAAACAUAAUUAAUAUAACAUAAAACAUUUUUAGAAAAAACCACACAACGCUAUUAUGUGCGCGCCUCAUAAUAUCAGUGUUAGGUUUAACCAAAUGAUUAAUGAAUUAUAUUAAUGAAGAAAACUGCAAAACAAACUAAUAAAGUGAACAAAUGGACUGAUUUACCCAUGUGUGGCUGAUGCCAUCACACUGUGUGAUUUUUGUUAUGUUGUUGAAGGCAGUACUGUAAAAUUUUUGUCCUUCAGUUAACACAAAGGUUCGUUGCUGUUCUGUCGUGAGCAGCUGAAUGGUGUCUUUCUAUUGGUUCAGAGGCCCAGUGACACAUCUAGCUUGUUCUUUUUUUGUCCUUUGAAUUUUAGUUAAGCCUUACUUUGCCUUUUGAGUUUUUAAUUUAUAAUUUUUAAUUUAUUUUUUAUGAUUUACAAGUGCACAGUUUUUUUUUAAAUUAUUUCUGACCAUGUUUUACUUAACAUAACCUCAUCUGCUGCUAUUUUUUUAAAUGAUUUUGUCCUAUUUUUUAGUGUGAUUGCAUGAUUGUAUAAAUGUUCUGAUAACAUUCAUGAUGCAAGUUUUUGUUUUUUAUUAUCCCCUGCUCAUGAAGUGGCACAAGCUGAAAUUGGGGAAAGUGUUAGCUGGAGAAGAGGGGCUGACAUAAAAGUGAAAAUAUUUAUGUAAUAUUUAUUCAAAUGAGGCAUUAUAUGAUAAAAAACAAUCUCAUCUGUGCUAGUGAUGAAUUCACCUAUGCAUUGUUUACUAAACUCCAAUGUGAAAAUGGUUCAAUAGGGUCAUGUACAUAUUGUGUAUUUUUGGAAUUAUGUAGCUGUAAUUUUUUUCCCAUAUUUUUAUAAGUUUGCAUUUGCACUGCUAAUCAAACUGUUAUUUUCACAUACUUACACUAAGGCAGAUGGUCAAUGUAUUUGUAGAUUGGAUUUGGCGAUCUUUACUUUGGUAUCCGACAGAAGAUGUCACUGUUAUGUGAGAGGGAGGUUGCUAAUUAAUAUUGCUGUGAAUUGUUCAUUGUCUUUUGUAAUUUUGUCACGGUGUUUUGGAUUCCAUGUGGAUGAUGAUGAUAGAACAGCACAGAGCCAUUGUACUGCAAUAUGAAACUCCCACACACACCUCCUCACAUUGCAUCUUAAUUUGGAAAGUCUGUCAUUUUUGACUGACUGCAUUAAGCAGAAAGAGCACAAAAUGAGCACGUAGUACAAGCAUUUGCUUAAGCUCUUCACUUAGGUGCUGUACUCUCAUCACACAUUAUAACUUAAGAUGUGAAAGAUGUGAUCUUUAUGGCUGCUGCAAGGUUACCCGUAUUUUUGUAUGAAUCAUCAUACCUCAGUGUUGUCUGGGAGCGAGUGUUUCCAUGUGAUUCUGAUUGUUUUAGCACUGCACCACACCCUUGAGACCACACUACAAAAAGACAGCUCGGUAUCUGCAUAUAUCGCAGAUAUUGCAUCACAUUCAGAUGUUGUUGGAAUGGCUAAUUCAUUGAACAAUGCAUUGCAACAGCACUCAGCAGCUAUUAACAGAGAUUUAUGUUUUUUACAGAAAGUACUGUACAAAUUCUUGUCAACAUUUUAUGCAAGAUGAGCUUCUGUGUCAAAGUAUAAAAACAGUGAGGUUAACAUUUCUUCAAUUUCAAAGGGACCAUUGAUGUAAAAUAGGAUGAAACCAAUUAUUUUUCUUAUGGAGUACGGUUCCAAAUGCCAUAGUGGACUCUGUACAUAAACACUGUAGUGAACUGAAGCAGGAAUUGGAUCAAACCAGCCCAAAACACAGAUCAUUCCUUUAUGUCUAGCAGACAGUGGGAACUCCAGCAGCAUUGUAUAUAUUUUUCAUGGUAAAUCUCUUUAUAUCAUGCAGUUGUUGUCUGGAAGUGACUGUGACUGCGCUGUACAUUUGUAAGUAAUGCCCGGUGCUUUGAGUGGCUGUGAAUUAAGUUAAAGGGAGAGACACUUGAAAAAGAAUUAAGAGCAUCUGAAAUGAUGCUUUUAACGGUUUUGAGGUGGACAUUUUCAUCAAGGCAGGCACUUUUACAUUUGAGGAGUGAUUUUUUUUUCUUCUUUGUUUAUAUUUGGUGGCAAUCCUGUUGGCAUGACCUAAUUGAAAAAGUUGUGCCAAAAUGCAGCAGAAAUACAGCACUUUUAUUCAUUUCGAGUAGUGUGACUCACUGUGCCAGUUGUCGUCUUAGAUGAAGCUAUUGUGAGUUUAUAAACUGUCCUCCAAGACCUUGGCACGUCCCACAGGAUAACUAUGAAGCUGCCAGUCAUGGUUUCAUAUUGUACAGUCCAAUCUCAUGUAUGAAAACAAAGCUUUCUUGUCCAAUGUGGUUGGUGACUUUAAGAAAAAAAGUUUUUUUCAUUUUAUCUUUUUGGGCCGCAUAAGUCUUCUUUAUCUUCUCUCUCUUUUUUUUGCACAAAAACAAAGAAAAGGAGCUGCGGCUUCUCUGUUGUCCAGUUUGAAUCUGUGAGAGGUUCACUGAUGCACCCAGAAGUGAUUCUCUGGAUGCUAUAUGACUGGGUAUCCCAAAAAAAUUUGAUUUUAAUGCCAGUUCACUGAAAUAAUCUGUUAGUCAAUCAAUACUUUUUUUUUGCCAAAUCAUUGUAUUUUGCCAAAUGUUGUGUUUUACUGUA